AUGACAACCUAUGGUUAUAUACCAGAUAAGUUUGUUUGUGACACUCUGAAGACUCAAUCAAAAAUUUCCAAAAUUGGAAAUGCUUCAAUGCAUGUUCCUUUUUCAGACCUUCACCUGGAACUGCCACUUGAAGCUAUGGAGAUCGCCUCUGAAGAUAGCAGCAACAACCAUAUUGAAAUAAAGAACAAGAGUGCCAUAUUGGAGUUUAUCCUGGUUGGACUAUCUACAACAACUGAAAUGCAGACACCCCUGUUCUGGGUAUUUGUAUUUGUCUAUGUUACAGCCCUAACUGCCAACUUAAUCCUCAUCCUUACCAUAUGCACUUUCAGGAAGCUCCACACACCCAUGUACUUCUUCAUUGUCAACUUGUCUGUAGUGAAUGUAUUCUCUAUUUCAGUUACCACACCUAAGUUGCUCCAGAGUCUUUUCACUGGAAGAAAGACCAUCUCAUUUUAUGGUUGCUUUACUCAGGUCUAUCUGUUUAUAUGGGCUCUGGGCACAGAACUUCUCCUUCUCUCCUUUAUGGCUUUUGAUCGCUAUGCUGCUAUCUGUCACCCUUUGCAGUACACCAUGAUCAUGAGGAAGCAAGUGUGUGCUGGCAUAGCUAUAGGAGUGUGGGUUGUGGGACUAGUCAACUCUUCUAUGCAUUCUGGACUUAUGUUGCAACUGUCUUUUUGUAACUCCAAUGCUAUCAAUCAUUUCUUCUGUGAUGUACCUCCAUUACUGCACCUCUCAUGCUCAGAUAUAACUCUAAAUCAGUUUGUGUUAUCUGUUUCAGAUGUUAUAUUUGGGAUUGGUUGUUGUGGGUUGACUCUAACAUCAUAUUUUUUGAUAAUAAGAGCUAUCUUCAGAAUCCAUUCCACUGAAGGGAAGAAGAAAGCAUUCUCCACCUGCUCCUCACAUUUUAUUGUAGUCAGUAUUUUCUACUCCUCAGUCAUCUAUACUUAUAUCAGACCCUCUUCAGCCUACUUUCCAGAACAAGAUAAGAUAGUUGCUCUCCUAUAUUCAGUGGUAACUCCUCUGGCUAAUCCAGUGAUAUAUUCACUGAGAAACAAGGAUUUUAAGGAAGGAGUGAAAACACUUACAGGGAGAAUCCGGCUGCUCAGUAGGCUACAAUACUGA